GAGGGGCUUCUCUGCAUUUUGCCUUGUUGGGUCUGGAGUUGAGCGAAGAUCGGAUCAGUACUUAUGGCCACCACCACCUCUGUUCUCUUCAGACUGCUCUUGGUUCUCCUUACUCUUUCAGAUUCACUAGGCCAAAUUCAAGGUCUGGGAAUUGGAAUCAACUAUGGUCAGAUAGCAAACAAUCUUCCAUCUCCAUCCCAGGUCGCUGUUCUCCUCGGAACCCUUAAUAUCAGCAGAGUUAAACUCUAUGAUGCUGAUCCUAAAGUCCUUGUUGCCUUCUCCAAUUCUAGCGUUGAUUUCAUCAUUGGUCUUGGGAAUGAGGACCUAGAGAACAUGGCAGAUUCUACCAAGGCUAAGAAUUGGAUUCAAGAGCGAGUUCAGCCUUACAUUUCUCAAACAAGUAUCAGUAGCAUACUAGUAGGAAAUGAGGUCUUCAAAAGCAAUGAUACUCAGCUAUGGUCUAAUCUCCUCCCAGCAAUGCAAACCGUUCAUCUUUCUCUUGUCAAUUUGGGACUUGAGAAGCAAGUAACUGUCACGACUGCCUAUUCUCUUGACAUUUUAGCUACCUCUUAUCCUCCCUCAUCAGGAGCUUUCAAGCCAGACCUUGCUCAGUAUAUACAACCCCUUCUGAAUUUCCAUUCUCAGAUCAAUUCACCCUUCUUGAUCAAUGCAUAUCCCUAUUUCGCAUAUAAGGAUAACCCGAAUGGGGUGCCUCUAGAGUAUGUGCUUUUCCAACCUAACCAAGGGACGGUGGAUCCCAAAACGAAUUUAAAAUAUGAUAACAUGUUGUAUGCUCAAGUUGAUGCUGUCUAUUCUGCCAUCAAAGCAUUGGGAUAUACUGACAUUGAAGUUAGGAUUUCCGAGACAGGUUGGCCAUCCAAAGGGGAUGAAAAUGAAGUAGGAGCUACACCAGAAAAUGCAGGAUCAUACAAUGGUAAUCUAUUGCAAAGAAUAGAAGAGAAGCAAGGGACACCAGCCAAACCAGAUGUCCCUAUUGAUAUAUAUGUUUUUGCACUCUUUAACGAGAAUUUAAAGCCUGGACCUACAUCAGAGAGGAACUAUGGACUCUACUACCCUAAUGGUACUCCAGUUUACAACAUUGGAUUAAUUGAUCAUCUUCCAGAGAUGAAAUAUUCAUCAGCAACCCAAAUAAGGGUAUUAUCUGUCUUCAGUCUUCUGAUUUCGGUCACAGCAGGAUUAAUCUGCACUUAAGAACAUCAACUUAGAUUUCUAAUUAAGGGAGAGGAAAGGAUCAUGAGAAAAGCAGAAUUUCAAGAGAUGAUCAAAUGCCAUACGACUUUUUAGGGAUGCAAUAUUCAGGGUAGCUCUAAUUUCUCUCUUGGAAGGCUGCAUGUGAAAGGUUGAUUUCAGAAGACGAGGAGAAGAUCAUGUAUAAUAUCAUCCUCAAGACAAUUCACUAAUGCACUAAUGCUAUAUUUGGGUUAAGGGGAAUGGACGAAAGUUUAAUCCAUUUCCCUUGACCUAAGCAUUCAAUAUAAGAUUAGGUUUAAAGUGUUUAUGGUAGAAAAAAAAAUAUUAAUAAAUAUAUGAAACAAUAUAUUGAAUAUAUAAAGAGUUUGCAAGGCUUUAGGAGUAUUGUUUAGCAUACACAGUAUUUUUUUUUUUUUAUCUGUUGUAUUUGACUCAAUAGUUUAUCGUUUUACUUUCUUAGUUGUUUAUCAUUGUUGCAGACACAUAGCUGUU